AUGUCGCAGUGUCUAUUGAUCAUGAUCCUUCCUCACCCGCUGCAUCCCCGGCGAGCAUCAGCUAACCCUCCCUCUAGCGGCAUCUUCGGCUACCUCAACUACCUCGUCGAGCGUGAUCGUGCAUACAUCGUCAAUAUCCUCCUCGCAGGACUCCAGCGCCUCGAGUACAGAGGCUAUGACUCUGCCGGUAUGGCGAUUGAUGGUGACACAGAGGGUCAAGUCAUGCUCUACAAGCAAGUCGGCAAGGUCGCUGAACUCAGACGCUUGAUCUACGAGCAAGAGAAGCCAGACAUGCAAAAGGAGUUUGUCAACAGUGUCAGCAUCUCCCAUACGCGUUGGGCAACACACGGUAAACCCUCACCCAUCAACUGCCAUCCGCACAGAUCAGACAUCGACAAUGAAUUCACCAUUGUUCACAAUGGUAUCAUCACCAACUACGCUGCCUUGCGUACAUUCUUGUCACGCGCAGGAUUCCAAUUCGAGUCAGAGACGGACACGGAGGUCAUUGCAAAAUUGUGCAAGUACAUCUACGAUGCCAAUACCCAGAUUGACUUUACCAAUCUCGCCAAGUUGGUGGUCAAGGAGCUUGAAGGUGCCUUUGCUCUACUCAUCAAGUGCAGUCACUUUCCAGGUGAAGUCAUUGCCACGCGUCAAGGAUCACCGUUGCUCAUUGGUGUCAAGACGGAGAAGAAGCUCAAGACUGACUUUGUCGAUGUCGAGUACAGCCAGCAAACGAAAGCUCAAAAGUUACCCCUCUCAUCUGGCAAACCAGCAACUGCUUCAGCAUUGUUGGCAGUCCCUGGACUCGCUGAUCGACUCGGUGCCAUGGAUCUACGUAAAUCGCAAUCGCGUGCAUUCUUGUCGGAUGAUGGUGUCCCCAUGCCAGCUGAGUUCUUCUUUGCUUCCGAUGCAUCUGCUAUUGUCGAGUAUACCAAGCAAGUGCUCUACCUCGAGGAUGAAGACGUCGCGCACGUUCACGAUGGAGAAUUACACAUUCACCGCCUGAAGCACGUCCAUGGCGCAUCCAGCGUUCGCUCCAUCCAAACACUCGAGAUCGAACUCGCCAACAUCAUGAAAGGUAGUUUCGAUCACUUUAUGGCAAAGGAAAUCUUUGAACAACCAGAAAGUACCGUCAAUACCAUGCGUGGUCGUGUGGAUUUUGCUAAAGGCAAAGUGACACUCGGUGGGUUGAAUGUCUUUUUGCCAACCAUUCGACGCUGUAGGCGUAUGAUUUUCGUGGCAUGCGGAACCUCUUACCAUUCAGCACUCGCAACACGCGCCAUCUUUGAAGAGUUGACGGAGAUUCCCAUUUCUGUUGAAUUGGCCAGUGACUUUUUGGAUCGCAAAACACCCAUCUUUCGAGAUGAUACGUGUGUCUUUGUGAGCCAAAGUGGCGAAACGGCAGACACACUGCGUGCACUCGAGUACUGCCUUGAGCGUGGCGCCUUGACUGUUGGGAUUGUGAAUACGGUGGGUUCUUCCAUCUCGCGUAUCACAGACUGCGGUGUACACAUCAAUGCUGGUCCUGAGAUUGGUGUUGCUAGUACAAAAGCGUACACGUCACAGUACAUUGUGAUGAUCAUGAUGGCGCUUGUGUUGUCGGAGGAUCGCGUCUCCAAGCAAGCGAGACGGCAGGAAAUCAUUCGUGGUCUUGAGGGUAUUCCAAAACAGAUUGAUGGCAUCUUGAAGCAAGACAACUUCAUUAAACACAUCUGCAAGGAUCUGCACGGUAGCAAGUCGAUUCUGAUUCUGGGUCGCGGCUACCAACACGCCACAUCUCUUGAGGGUGCACUCAAGAUCAAGGAAAUCUCUUAUAUCCACUGUGAGGGUAUUCUUGCUGGUGAGCUGAAGCAUGGUACAUUGGCAUUGAUUGAUGAGACGCUCAAGUGUGUCUUGUUUGCCAUCAAGGACGAGCUCUACCCAAAGACAACCAGUGCCCUUCAGCAAGUCCUUGCACGCGGCGGCAAACCCAUCAUUGUAUGCAACACGAACGACGAGAACUUCAGCGCUGGCACGUAUGAUGGCAAACCUAUUGUGAGUAUCGGGAUUCCCGAGACGGUGGAUUGUUUGGCUGGAUUGUUGGCGAUUAUUCCAAUGCAGCUGAUGGCGUACCACUUGGCAACGAUGGCUGGCUUUGAUGUUGAUUUUCCGCGGAACCUGGCGAAGAGCGUGACGGUGGAGUAA